AUGAGCUCCGAGCAAAGCGGGGAGGAGCUUCGUAAGAAUAGAAAGGAGCUUGUGUCACCCCUAGUUGCCAUUAACGCUAUUCUUUACCGUGUGGAAUCAGCAAAGCGAUUAGGAAUCAUAACUGCGUUGCGGCUUACUCAGGCUGCUCCCGGAGAAAAAAACGCGAUGCCGAGCAGGCUUAUUAAUCAGAUAUUCGUCGUGUGCGAAAUUUGCUGGAUUCUUGGCAAUGCCCAUGAGGGGUUGAUUCCUCGUGUUCGAUUCUUGGCUGUAGUGGCUCCUGAUCUGAACCUCUUCCGCCAAUAUCUCCCCGCUGUCAAAAUCGUUAUCAUUACCAAGCUUAUGCUUCUACCAUGGAUGACUCCAAACCUCCCUUAUGAGCUCUGGGUUAAACUUUUCGUCGUUCAUUUGACGACUACAAUAGCAUAUUGUCAUCUUGUGGGCAUUCGCGAAGAGCCUGUCACCGUUUGGACCCUCUUUUACCACCUCUCCGCCCCUCUUAUUACUGUCGUUCAACAUGCUGUAGCACUCGGAAUAAUAGCCGUGUUUUCCCUCUACUUGGUCAUCAGGCGAAGAUUCAACGAUCUCAAGACCAUCCCACUUGCCUUCGGGUGGUUAUUUGGAAGGGUUUUAGACGAUGAAGAGCCUGGAUAUUCUGUGCUUCCAACCUCGCUCGAGCAGAAAAAAGAGCCCCGUGGAGCAGAGUGUAGGAUCUCCAGCAUUAUAGCCGUCCUUGCCUUCCUUGCUCAAUGCAUUGGAACCAUCUACCUUUACAGACGCCGGAGGCUACACGAUGCAGUCACAGCGGCUGACCAGCGAGUCUUUGAGUUGGCAUGUUCUGGAACGCUCACGGCCACAUUAUUACUUGGCAACCUACUCAGGAUCCCAAUCUUUGUUCAGCAUGUCCCGUGUCCCGAGCACGAGGAAUUCAGAACCACGGAAUCCAGACUUUCCCUAUUCAUUCAGCCCUUUAGGCUCUUCAACCAUUCCAAGUGGAACUACCCAGUAUUUCUUCUCGCAUUGCUACCCGCUUACGGCAACGAUCUCAUCAACGUACUCAAAACAGAAUCGGGAGUCGGGAUUCUGUGUGCUCUGGCGUUGGAGAGCACCCUAGGUAGUAUCCUUCUGCUGCAAUUUCGAUAUGGACGAGUAGUCGCCACACUACUUCGGAGAAUCGGGAUACGACUCAGACAGGAUGGGGCGCUGCCACGAUGGAUGUGGUUUUGUUUGCCUUGUUUCGCGGCGCUACUGGCUUUGCCUGUGGCGGUCUUCCAACUUGGGAUAUUUUCUUUUUUCAUCCCUGUGGUCGUUACAACCAGUAUCAUCGAUCAGAUCUCAACACUGGAUCACUGGCCGAGUAACACGAGCUGUCCGAAGCUGUGGAAUGAUCCUGCGCAACUUUCACACAAAGGUUCAUUGGUGAUAAGGAUUAUGGUAGCUAGUCAUUUCGGUUGUAGCAUCACCAAUUCCCUCAGCGGCAAAUGGUCGGCAUGGUUUGAUAUUUCUUCUCUAUUCAACCCCUCGAGCCGCAAUAUGCCUGUUUUUCUUUGGCCCAAAACAUCUGCACUUAUGAAAUCCCAGCCAAAGAGAUUACUGCCGCGCGAUUUACACCAGCCGGAACCUAGCCUCUUUCAGCCACUGUCAUACAACUCCCUGCAAGGACGGAAAAAGAUCCCAAUUUUUUCUGGUAGCGAAUCUAUGCCUGCCUCUCAAGCACAACCUCGAAGUGUUCGCAAUGUUAGGACCCUGAGGUCUACUAAUUCGGAAUAUGAGCUUGCAUCAGUGUCGCAUAGCAUUUUUAGGAGGAAUAUCACGUCGUCCUACCAUCAGAAAAACAUAAAAGGGCAACAAGCAUCAUACUGGAACAGUAGAGACAAACCUUCUCCUCAUAGUUGUUCGUACAUAUCAUACCCCAUGACCGCGGAGGAAAUGCAAGCACAUGCCGAACGCAUAUCCCGCCGCGUAGAUUAUUGCUACGGGAAACCAAGUAGUCAUUCUCAAUCAGUCACCGAAAAUGUUCAAGAGCUAGGCUCUCUACUAAACGAAAUAGCAAAGAAAAAGGUCGCCGGACGCAAACCCCCAUUACAGAAAUAUGUCGCGCUUCGAAAGAACAUAGAAAAAGAUUUACAGGACAUGGAACUUAUACCGGCUGGCUUCCUUCUCGUCACCGCAAAAGAUGUGGAAGAGCUAAGCAGAACCCGCGUGCAAGCCGUACCCUUUCAAAACACAAGAUGGAUGCUCGAAUGGACUAAGCCUACAAGAGCGGAAUGGAAAAUCCGUUGGGGACAAUACAAAUGCGAUUAUACCCGCAGAGGGGGCAACGGAUUAAGGGCAUCCAGAUACAAGAAAAAUUUGGUUCAGUAUGAGCAGGCAGAACAGGGCAUGCCAUUUUUGGGCAAAAUUGAUCCACCCAUUGAGCAGGGCGUUGCGUCGGGGGCAGAAAUGGAGAAGGGUGCUAACCACCCCCCGAUUUGUAUAUGCCAAGUUUCAUCUCCACCACCAGGAGUAGGAUUAUCCGAAAAGCCCGGGAUCCUGGAAUAA